ACUGCCGCACUGGUUAGGGUUUUCCUUAUCUCCCACUUCUUCUUCCUCAUUUCGCAUUUUCCCCAAUCCUUCCUUUCUUACACUUAGAUCUUUCUCUUCAUGGCUUUAAACAGACAAUAGGGUUCUCUCGGUUGCUGUUUCCAAGUUCCAAGGACUUAAGGUAUCCCAUACAUUUCUCUCCAAGUAGUGAAGAAAAUGGCAACCAUGAACCCUUUUGAUUUAUUGGGAGAUGAUGAUAACGAGGACCCCAGUCUUCUUGUGGCUGCGCAGGAGCACAAGCCCAAGAAAGCUCCGGUCACUGCUCCGGCUAAGGCUCCCUCCACUAAGCCUGCUCAACUCCCUACCAAGCCUCCUCCCCCAACUCAAGCUGUGAGGGAGUCAAGGAAUGAAUCCGGCCGUGAAGGGGGCCGUGGAGGAGGCCGUGGUCGUGGUGGUGGACGUGGCUAUGGGCGUGGACGUGGUAACAGAGACGGUGACAGGGAUAGAGAAUUCAACAGGGAUAGGGAAUUCAACAGGGACAGAGAAUUCAACAGAGACAGGGAAUUCAACAGGGACAGGGAAUUCAACAGGGAUUCUAACACUAAUGAUGAUUCCAAUGGAUUUUCUGGAGGUUAUAGACCCUCUGAAGAAGGAGAUGGGAGGCCAUCUGAACGUCGUGGUGGCUAUGGUGGUCCUCGGGGUUCAUUCCGUGGGGGUCGCCAUGGAGGUUUCAGCAAUGGAGAAUCUGGAGAAAGUGAAGGAGAGCGCCCUCGUCGGUUCUAUGAUCGUCGCAGUGGCACUGGACGUGGGAGUGAGGUCAAGCGUGAUGGGUCUGGGCGUGGUAACUGGGGAGCUCCCACUGAUGAAAUUGCUCCAGAGACUGAAGAGCCUGUUGUUGAGAAUGAAAAGAAUGUAGAUGCUGAGAAACAGUCUGCUGAGGAAGGUACUGUGGACACUGGCAAGGAAAAUGCUGUGAAUGAACCAGAAGAGAAGGAGCCUGAGAAUAAGGAGAUGACUCUGGAAGAGUACCAGAAGGUACUUGAGGAGAAAAGAAAGGCUCUGCUUGCCCUGAAGACUGAAGAGAGGAAAGUUGAUGUGGACAAAGAGUUUAAAUCCAUGCAGCAGCUCUCAAAUAAGAAGAGCACUGAUGAAAUCUUUAUCAAAUUGGGUUCUGAGAAGGACAAACGCAAAGAUGCUGCUGAUAAGGAAGAAAAAGCCAAAAAGUCUGUCAGCAUUAAUGAGUUCCUGAAGCCCGCUGAAGGGGAAAGGUACUAUAACCCUUCUGGGCGUGGGAGAGGCCGUGGCCGUGGUUCCAGAGGUGGAUAUGGAGGCCACAACUCAACUGGCAAUGUCCAUACCCCCAAAAUUGAGGAUGCAGGGGAGUUCCCUUCUUUGGGAGGGGGCAAGUGAGAUUCAUCCACUUCUGCCUUCUGGCUAUGUGCCCUAUUGAAAAUUCUGAAUUAAGACUAUCAACAGGAACCAUUUUCUUUAUUAGAAACCGGUCUUUAAUUUACAAGAUUUGAGUGUAAAUUUUAGUUAUUAACCCAUGGGUCAAUACUCUUGUGGUUUUUUUUUUUUUCUUGAUUUUAAACAAUGCCCCAUUUUUUUGCUGAACUUAGGGCACAUGGGUUGUUAUUGCAACUUAGUAGCAUCAGUUUUGGCUUUGGAUUAGGUCCCCAUUGCUUUUAGUCCUUGACUUGCCUUUGAGCAUCUUUCUCUUAAAUUAUUCCUGUUAUUUUGGUGCGUCAAGAAUAAUGAGUUGAGGUCUUG